GCCACCAAACGUUGACGCCAUGAAUGAUAAUUACUUUAGCAGUCUGGUGCUAUAUUAUGGGAGGUCUCGCUUUUAUUAUUCUAUGCAAAAAGUCGCGUUGGACGGUUUGGCAAAGUAUCCAAUGCAAUCUAAAUUCAGAUUCUUUAAUGGCAUGGCUCUUGUCUUGGGUAAUACAUAUCUACAGGAAGGCAUUCGAGAACUAAGCCCUCUUAGAAAUGAACCAGACUUUGAAUUGGCAGCAACAAUGGCUCUUAUCUAUGCACACAAGUGUUGCCGCAUUGUAGAUCAGGACGCUCUACUAAUUCAAGAACGCCGGCUUAAUGACGCCAGAAAUUCAACAAAUCCUACGUCAUAUUAUUAUGCUGCAUUAUUUUUAUAUCUUAGGAGCGAAAUAGAUCUUGCUCGUAAAUAUGCUGAUAAAGCUACUAAAAUAGACGCAAAUUUUGACUUGGCAGUAGUGUUGAAGGCCUGGUGUGACUUAUCAUCAAUUCAGCCUAUGACUGGAAAUAUGCAACAAAUAUUAGAAUCUUGCAUUACUCACAGCGAUGGAAAAAAUAUUGAUGCUUCUUUAGCACUAGUUCGCUUCUAUCAAACGCGUGGUAAUUUUGAGGAAGCCGUUUUGACUCUAAAUAAGAUUUCGGUUCGGUACCCCGAACUAAACAUACCGCUCAUUGAGAAAAUGGAAACACAUCUAGCUGCUAGACACUGGGAUCAUGCAAUGGAAACGUCAAUGCGUGUUAUUAACUUAGAUCCAAACAAUAUCGCCGCCCUACGAGUUAAGUGCAUUAUUUUGAUUGGACGUGAGAGUAAUUUCAAGCCAGCGGUAUCCACCCUUCAACAAUUACUAACUGCUGUAGAACGCAUAGAAAGUGGCAACCACUCGCUAAUCCUUCAAAUAUGUCGACUAUUUUCUAAAAUAUGCUCGAGAAAUGCUGAUAUACUUCAGAUCACAUUGCGCUAUGUCGAUAAAAUAAAUGAAAUAAGUCCAGGCAACUUAGAUAUUCUUACCGAACUGGGUUAUCAAAGAUUACUGCAGAAUAACCUAACUGGUGCAGAAGCUGCAUUUCGUGCAGCAAGUAACAUUAAUGGAAGCAAUUUUAACGCAGUUUGCGGAAUGACGCUAUGUAAAAUAAAAGCCCAAAGGGAUGACAAGGAUAUACAGUAUAUAAAACAGCAGCUGGCAUUUCUUAACGACUUAUGUGGAAAUGAAAAGGUUCCGAUUAUUUUGUAUAUGUCCGCUUUGUUGCCUGGACAGGGCCAGGAAACAUCGGUGCAGCUAUUAAUACAGGCUUUUGAGCGGCACGUUCAAGUUCUACAGGCUUCACUCGUUGGGGUCAAUUACAUAAAUCUAUUGAAUCCGGAUUUUCUGCUUGAGUUAACUGUUGAGUUGCUGCGUCACCGCCCUAUUCCGAUUUCACUUAAAACGAAAACCGAUUUAUGUUUUGAGUUAAGCCACCAUGAAACAUUGAAUAUUACUUUGAAGCAUUGUCGUAGCAUUCUAGAAAUCAUUACACAUGUUUUCCCUGGACAUAUGCAAGCUCUAUAUAUGAUCGCAAAAAUCGAGUUCUUCUGCGGGGAAUUUACAAAUGCUAUAUGGCGCCUGAAAAACAUACUUCAUAUAAACGAAAUGUAUACCGAUGCGCGACUUCUGUUAGCUGAAGUAUUUGUCCAGGAAAACCAAAUGCCGGAAGCACUGCACUCCUUAGAAUUGGCAUUAUCUCACAAUUUUGCAGUCAGGGAGCGCCCAAUGUACCAUUUGCUGCUUGGUAUCAUACAACGACACCACCAACUUUCUGAGGCACAUCAAAGUUUUUUAAACGCUAUGCAAUUGAUUGGAGAUCGGCCUAUUGAACAAUAUGGCGAACACAAUCCACAAUGUCAGACAUUUAAUGAAAAUACAUUUACUAAAUCUGAUAAGAUGACGUUGUACCUGGAGCUAAUUUACACUUUACGAGAUAUUGGCGACGCUCAAUCCGUUUAUGAAAGCGAACGCCUUUUACAGACUGCAAUGGACGAGUUUAGCGGGACUGCAGAGGAAGGUCGUCUUAUUAUUGUACACGCUGAUAUAAUGCUUCAAAAAUAUAAUGUUUCGAAAGCUAUAAGCUUACUAUCUGCGAUUAAACCGUCCCAUCCGUACUUCCUUCAGGCAAAAACUAAUUUGGCAAACGUGCACUUGGUACACCGAAAAGAUCGGGCUGCUUUUUCGAAAUGUUUUACGGAAUUGGUGCAGGCCAGACCAGAGCCUGAAAGUUAUCUGAUGCUUGGCGACGCAUACAUGUCUAUUCAAGAGGCUGAAUUGGCAAUAAAUGCAUAUCAAAAUGCAUUCAGCAUGAAUAAAAAUAAUUCGAUUUUAGCCUCAAAAUUAGGAAGAGCUUUUGUAAAAACACACCAGUAUUCGUCAGCCCUAAAGUACUAUCAUGAAGCUAUACAAAAUCCUGGAUGCUCUAGCUUAAAACUAGACUUGGCGGAGCUGUAUUUAAAACUAAAGCAAUACCAAAACGCGAUUGACGCAUUGACAGCAGGAGCUAGAAACAAAUCACUAAAUGAUGACAAUGUAUUGGAACUUCAGUUGUGGACUAAGCAGCUCCUACUGCUGGCACGUGUUUACGAGAAGUCGGGUAAUGCUGAUGAAUCCUUGCAGACGUUGAAAGAAGCUAGAGAUAAUCAGUAUCGGUUGCAGAAAAGGUUCUCUAUUGAUGCAGACCAAUCAGAAACCCUAUUCGAACAAUACAAGCUUUUGUCCAAAAUUUGUCUACGUAUGGCUCAACACUUAAUCAACAAGAGAGACAAAGAACAGGAAUGCGUAAAAUGUAUUGAAGAAUGCCUAAAAUAUGCCUCGAAUGACCCUAAGGUUCUCGUCCCACUUGCACGACUAUAUAUGCAGCUGAAUUUAGUAGAAUCUUGUCGAGAAAUGUGUUUGCAGAUCCUACAAAUCGACAGUAACAACGAAGAUGCAUCUGUUAUGAUGGCAGACCUGUCAUUUAGAAAGAUGGAAUUCGACAAUGCUGCUUAUCAUUUUUCGCAGUUAUUAAUAUCACAGCCAUGCUAUUGGACGGCUUUAGCAAGAUUGAUAGAAGUGAUGAGGCGUUCCGGAAGUUUAGUUGACGCAUUGCCUUUCUUACAACGUGCUGAAUAUGCUACUGCAAAUAGUUUAAACUGCUUAGGUCUAAAUUAUUGCAGGGGAUUAUAUGAGUGGUACUGUGGAAAUCCAAAUGGGGCGUUGCGUCAAUUUAACAAAGCUCGUCGGGAUCAAGAGUGGGGACAAAAGGCGAUACUUUUAAUGAUUGAGAUCUGUAUUAAUCCCGAUGGAGAGAUACCAAAUGGAAAUGACCUCCAUCAAGAUGUCAGUGACAGUGGAGAAUUCAAUGAAUCAAGACUAAUUGCGUUACGUACAGCCGAGCGCUUGCUGAAGGAGCUACGACCUCGAUCUCCUGGCAUAGACAACCAUCGGUUGCUACGAAAUUUUAUACAAAUGGCAUCAAAACAGAAAUUGCAAGUUGAGUCUGCUCUUCAGGAUCUUAUGGAGCUCACGCAAAGAGAAGAGUACCAGUUAACAGUGGCACCAGUAUAUGCCUUAGCAUCCACCUUGAUUCAACUUAAACAGAUCCAAAAAGCAAAAAACCAUCUCAAACGAAUAGCACGUAUGUCCUGGAACUUUGAUGAUGCAGAGUAUUUAGAACGUAGUUGGUUAUUGCUAGCAGAUAUAUACAUUCAUGCAAAUAAGUUGGACGUAGCAGAAUCUUUGGUGGGUCGAGUGUUAGAUCAUAACAAAUCGUCAACUAAGGCUUUUGAACUCGCUGGCCUUAUUGCAGAGAAGGCUCAAUCCUACGCUACGGCUGCAAAGCACUAUUAUCAAGCUUGGAAUUUUGGUGGACGCUCUAAGCCGCAAAUUGGUUAUAAACUGGCAUACAACUAUAUGAAAAUGAAAAACUUUGCAAGUGCUAUUAAUGUUUGCCAGCAAGUUUUAAAAUCACAUCCUGACUAUAUAGUAAUUCGCAAAGAAAUUCUUGAAAAAUGCCAAAACAAUCGCCAUAUAAUGUUGGCUCCAGACACUGAAGAAGGGCAGCAUACAAGACGUGAGCAGGGCCAUAAAGUUGCCGAGAUGGACCUCGAAAUAGAGACGAGCAAACCAAAACUCCAGGCAGAGGCUCCAGAUGAAACGGUGUUUGGCUUGUAGGCGAGACGGAGAUUUGGCGAGAUUCUAUCUAUUUAUUUAUUAAAGUAAAUUUAAGUAUCUGUUUUUAUUUGAAUUAAGUGAAUUUUUGAGGCA